AGCACAAAUAAAUAACACUAACAACAACAAUACUAAUAACGGCAACAACAACAGAAAAAGAAAAAAUGUCAUCGGGAACAUUUGUUGAUCGAAUCGAUCCAUUCGCCAAACGUUCACUAAAAAAGAAAAGUAAAAAGAGUCAAGGUUCCUCACGCUAUAGAAAUUCACAGGAUGUGGAACUGCAACAAUUGCCGGCACUAAAAGCCGACUGUUCUAGUUUGGAGCAAGAAGAAUUAUUUAUACGUAAAUUGCGCCAGUGUUGCGUUUCAUUUGAUUUUAUGGAUCCUGUGACAGAUUUGAAGGGCAAAGAAAUUAAACGUGCCGCCCUCAAUGAUUUAUCCACCUAUAUAACACACGGUCGAGGCGUACUUACAGAGGCAGUGUAUCCGGAAAUUAUUCGUAUGAUUUCAUGCAAUUUGUUUCGUACAUUGCCACCAAGUGAAAAUCCCGAUUUUGAUCCCGAAGAAGAUGAUCCAACAUUGGAGGCAUCUUGGCCGCACCUACAAUUGGUCUAUGAGGUAUUUUUGCGGUUUCUGGAAUCGCAAGAUUUUCAGGCUACCAUCGGUAAACGUGUUAUUGAUCAAAAGUUUGUUUUACAACUUUUGGAACUUUUCGAUUCGGAAGAUCCACGUGAACGUGAUUUUUUGAAAACGGUCUUGCAUCGUAUUUAUGGCAAAUUUUUAGGUUUACGAGCAUUUAUAAGAAAGCAAAUCAAUAAUAUAUUUUUGCGUUUUAUCUAUGAAACGGAGCAUUUUAAUGGUGUCGGUGAAUUACUGGAAAUUCUGGGAAGCAUUAUCAAUGGUUUCGCUCUACCGCUUAAAGCCGAACAUAAACAGUUUUUAGUUAAGGUGUUGCUUCCUUUGCACAAAGUGAAAUGCCUAUCGCUGUAUCAUGCUCAGUUGGCCUAUUGUAUUGUACAAUUUCUCGAAAAGGAUCCGUUUUUAACGGAGCCGGUUGUACGGGGCCUUUUGAAAUUUUGGCCAAAGACCUGUUCGCAAAAGGAAGUCAUGUUUUUGGGUGAAAUUGAGGAAAUACUCGAUGUUAUUGAUCCACCUCAGUUUGUCAAAAUUCAAGAACCACUAUUUCGUCAAAUCGCCAAAUGUGUAUCGAGUCCUCAUUUUCAGGUUGCCGAGCGUGCUCUUUAUCUGUGGAACAAUGAAUAUGCUAUGUCCCUAAUUGAAGAAAACAAUGCCGUUAUAAUGCCCAUUAUGUUCCCGGCAUUAUAUCGCAUUAGCAAAGAACACUGGAAUCAAACAAUUGUGGCAUUAGUCUAUAAUGUAUUAAAGACUUUUAUGGAAAUGAAUUCGAAAUUAUUCGAUGAACUUACCUCCAGUUAUAAGGCGGAGAGGCAAAAAGAGAAAAAACGCGAAAGAGAUAGUGAAGAGCUAUGGAAGAAACUACACGAAUUGGAGCUCAAUCGUACCAAGAGCUUACAGGCAGCAAAUCCAACAACAAAUGCUAGUGGUGCCUCAACAACAGUCGGCGGCGGUAGCAACAGCGCCAACAGUCAACAACAGCAGCAGAACACAAAUUCGCAACAAUCGAAUAGUAGCAGUGCCGGCGGAGCUGCCACCGCCAAUGCCCUGGGAGCGGCUGGCGAUAAUAAAUCAGCGUUAAGCGGUGGCAGUUCAGCGCAAGCUGCGGCCGGUGUUAAUCCCUUUGCCAAAAUCAAGGCGGAUAAGGUAGAGAACUAA